AAAAAGUAAUACUGCAUAUCAACUUGGUGUCUUUGAGCAGUUUGGGCAGACUGAAGAUACAUAACAGAGCUGGAGGUUGUUUUUGGAAACAGAUACCAACUCAAAGAAGAGGAUGCAGCAGGAGGAGAAGAUGAUCUGCAGGAUUCUGCUGCUCAUCAUCCUCACCUCAUGUGUCUCUGGAUCAUUUGUAGUCAAUGUGACACAGACCUGCUAUCAGGCAGAGGAGAACCACAACAUCACACUGGAGUGGACGUUCACCACCAAACCUGACAGAUCAACCAAAUCUCUUUCCAUCAUUUGUUGCCUUAUAGCUCGCCAUGAACACUUUGUCCUCUAUCGUGUCAUUCAUGGUGUUGAGUGGUCAAAGUCUCAGGAUAAAAAGUUUUCAGGACGAGUCCAGAGUUACAAAGACGCCCUCAGAGAAGGACGAAUCAGACUUCAACUGUCCAGACUCAGGACUGAUGACUCGGGUCUGUACCUGUGUGAGGUGAACACUGAUUACAGGUUCAGUUCUGCCAGAUGCAGAGUCAGUGUUUCUGAAUCACACCAAAUCAAAAAAAAAAAAACAACAACAUACAAUUAAAGCCAACUAAAGAUGUCCUCUAUAGUUAAGUAUCAUAGAUUCUUUUCUUCAUAUUAGAUUAAAACCAAAAAUAUCUUUGUUUAAAUACAAGCUUUUGUAUAUUCAAAAAUUCACUGUACUUCUUUCACUAAUGUUCUCCUCUCUGUAUGCUUAUUGACUCCCGGAUUUGUUCCAACUUCCAACUCAGCUUUCAGCAUUAGCUUCUCAGUGAGCACGCACAUUAUUAUUUAACUAAAAUAAAGAUGACUUGUUUACUGUGUCAAUGCCAAAUUCAGUCUCUGCCAAUUUAUUUCCAUGUUCUUCUGCAACUGUCAAAGUUUUCAGGUUAGAGCUUCAUAAUGUAACAGGAGUUUUUAACCACUUAAUUGCUUCAUUCUUCAAAGCUUGGUCUUUCUGCUUAUUUAACAUAUUUAGGCAUGUUAUUUAUAUUAGAGGGUUUACUUUUCUUUCAGACAGCUGGUGGACCAGAAGCGUUAUGGAAAUAACAAUAAACAAUCUUCUCAAUAAAAAAUAAAAAUAUAUAAAGAAAGAGAAAGAAAAAAAUACACAAAAAUAGUAUGCAUCAAUAAAUGUACAAAUUUUUAGGACAGUUCUGGCAUCUAAUGUUUCUAUUUAACACUGACCUAUGGAUCAUUCAAACAUUAAACAGUCACCUAACUCAAGGGAUGAACCACUGCUAUGUCUAUGGAUAACAGACCGCUUACAAAAGAACUCAUUUUAAAUUAUUUAGGAAAUUUGUGUAUGGCAGUCUGCUACAAGACAAAACACACCUGUCCCCAUUACUUAAGUUGAAUCUACAAAAAUUUCCAAAGAUAGCAGAGUUUGACAAACAUAAAAUAGAUUUUUUUUUGCAGGAACAAGGCGAUUCUCAAAGAGCUAUUGGCUGAAACAAAAGACGAAACAAAAGAAGAGGCAACUUCACAGCCAAACCAGACAGAUCCUGGAUCUACAGCUUCAUACUCUGUGGCCUCAAAACUGGUCCUAAAGACUAAGUCUUGUUUCAUGUUUUGAAGGUGUUGAGGUGUCAGAGUCUCAGGAUGAAAACUUUUUCAGGACGAGUCCAGAGUGACAAAGACGCCCUCAGAGAAGGACGAAUCAGAAUUCAACUGUCCAGUCUCAGGACUGAUGACUCGGGUCUAUAUAUUCGAAGUGGACACAGACCAUGACUGAUUUGAUAGCUGCAGGCUCCAUGUUCCUGGCAAGGUCUUUUUUUCCCUAAUAUUUGUACUAUAUAUAAAUCUAUAAUGUAUUAAAACAAACAUUAUUAGCUGAAAUCCAGAUAUUCUACAGCUUAAUUUUCAGUGUAAACCAAUUCCAUAUACAUUUAUGCUACACAUGUUGAUGCCCUUCACCAAACAGUGUCCUCUGAUCAGCUAGAGGAAGAAGCUAAAGGGAGAACCAUUUCUUUAUGUUAGACUGCAGCUAGUAGCAGCCCUUACGGCUUUCUGUGUUUGUUGUAUUAUAUGGAGAAAACAAUAAAUGAAACACAAACAGUCUGA